UCUCAAUCAGCGCGAUCUUUCAGUUCUGAGUAAUGCAGGCAUUUCAUCUGGCCUGGAACUGCUCCCGUGAGGCACUCGGACUGCAAAAUUGGCAAACUCUGCUUCGAGUAAUUGCUUGAGCAUAACCCUUUGUUCUGGACCCCCUGACCUGUCACCCCGGCCGAGCCCGGCAGCGCUUCCCGUGUCCCGGCUGGGCGCGGGGGCUGCCGGCUGGGCUGCGUGUCCCGCGGGGGCGGCAGCGCUGUCCCCCGCCUUCUCCUCCCCUUCCGUCCUGUCCCCUCCCGUCCCGGUGCCGCCGGGCCCCGGCGCGCAGCCCCCUCCCUGCACCGGGGCGGCGCGGCGGGAGGAAGCGGCGGCACGGCCCUUGGCCAGCCCAGCGUUCCGAGCGCUGCGUUCGUUCGCCAGCCCCGCGCUGCUGCCCGCACCGACGCACGGACAGACGGACGGACGGACGGACAGACGGGCGGCCAUGCGGCCCCGGGCGCUGCUGUGCGCUCUGGCGGUGCUGUGCUGCCCGCCGCUUGCCGCCGCGCCACGGCCAGGCUUUCUAGGUAACAGCACCAUACCAGGCAUCAGAAGUUUUGCUAUUAUUUCUUCUGCUGAUCGCCAGGAUGACCUUAUUCCUAUUGACGGUGAUAUUGAAAAUUACUUGGAAGCUGGAUCAGGAGCCACCAAUCAGACCAGAUCAUUCUUACCUGAACAACAAAUGAUGUCAGUUCAAACAGCAAGAUACCUCACUAGUCCAUGGCUGACACGUUUUGUUCCUUCAGUUUACACCCUAGUGCUUGUGCUGAGUCUCCCUCUGAACAUCACAGCAAUACUUGUGUUUCUGAAAAAAAUGAAAAUUGAAAAGCCGGCUGUAAUAUACAUGCUGAACUUGGCCCUUGCAGAUGUCCUGUUUGCAAGCGUGCUUCCGUUUAAGAUUGUCUAUCACUUUUCUGGAAAUAACUGGGUUUUUGGGCCUCAGAUGUGCCGUUUCAUCACUGCUGCCUUCUUCUGCAACAUGUACUGCUCAAUAAUGCUGAUGACGAGCAUAAGCUUUGAUCGUUUCUUAGCUGUGGUGUACCCUAUGCGGUCCCUGGGGUGGCGUACACUAACACGAGCCUCACUGGUUUGUUUCAUCAUAUGGGUUGUAGCUAUAGCUGGGGUUAUACCUUUUCUCCUAAGAGAGCAAACAAUGGAAAUACCCACGUUAAAUAUAACGACUUGUCACGAUGUGCUAAGAGAAUCUGAACUUCAAGGCUAUUACCUCCACUUCUUCUCCAUCUUCUCUUCUGUGUUUUUCAUAGUGCCAUUUAUAAUUUCUACUGUCUGUUAUGUGUGUAUCAUUCGCUGUCUUAGCUCUUCUACUAUCGUUGCAAAGCAAAACAAGAAGACACGUGCCUUGCUCUUGUGCGUGGCUGUUUUUUCGGUUUUCGUUAUUUGCUUUGGACCAACAAAUGUCCUCCUCUUAAUUCAUUAUAUCCAUUUUUCUUAUGACAACAGCUUAGAGUAUCUCUACUUCGCAUAUCUACUCUGUGUGUCUAUCAGUAGCAUUAGCUGUUGCAUUGACCCCUUUAUUUACUACUAUGCUUCUUCUCAGUAUCAGAGACAAUUUUUCAGUCUCUUCAAUUGUAAAAACAAUUUUGAUCCUAACAGUAAUAACAGCAGUGGCCAGUUGAUGUCUACCACUAGUAGCAGAAGGGCUACAUUGACCACUAAUGUGAAUAACAGUGUCUACAGGAAAUUACUAGCGAUGCACUGAGAAAACAUAUUUUACAUGUUUAAUUUUUACACAGUUGUGGACAGAAAGAAGACUAUGUUAUAUCCAAGAAACAUAAAACCUUAAACCAGGUUGUGUUAUGAUACAUUGCUUUAUGGAUCCAUUAUAGUAAUGCACAAUUCAAAUUAAACUCUGUAUGUAUGUGUGCAUAGAUACAUAUAUAAAUAUGUAUAGUAUAUGUAAAUAGGUUAAUGUAGAAGGGGAGAAUAAUUUCUUAAUAGUUGUUGAGUGUUUUUCAAAUAAACUUUUUUCAGACAAAUCUUUUGCAUUGUUAGCUCAGUAUAUUGCAGAAAUCCCAUUUUAGUAUUUUCAAUUGUGCCUCUCACACAGAAUAAAUUCUGA